AACCAUUGAAGAAAGUAACUUGGAGUUUUGAAUCAACCUGAGUGUUUGGGAAUGGACAAUGAACAACUGAAGGAGCGCUGACUAAGCCAAGCCCCGCAGAUUCGGAGCGGGCAAUUUCUCAUUACGCGAGGGCUUGGCGCGCACUACCCAAGCCUUUCGAAUUCGACUUCACGAAAUCUACGACGGCGACAUCCUGCGGCCAAACAACAUCAACCACAUCAGGAUCAUUCUCCAAGAUACGGAUUGACUUGCUAUCAUCCGUUGUCGACACAGCAACCCUCCAACAUGGCCGACUCGCAGAUUACUCUGCGCACGCGCAAAUUCAUCCGAAACCCUCUCCUCGGCCGCCGCCAGAUGGUAGUCGACGUGCUCCACCCCAAUCGCGCCAACGUCUCCAAGGACGAACUUCGCAGCAAGCUCGGUGAACUGUACAAGGCUAAGAAGGACGAUAUUUCCGUCUUCGGGUUUAGGACACACUACGGUGGUGGCAAGAGCACCGGCUUCGCGCUCAUCUACGACACACCAGAGGCGAUGAAGAAGUUCGAACCACACUACAGACUCGUGCGGUACGGAAUGGCAAGCAAGAUCGAGAAGGCCAGCAGACAACAGCGCAAGCAACGCAAGAACCGGUCGAAGGAGUUCCGGGGCACAGCCAAGACGAAGGGUGGCGCGAAGAAGGACAAGAAAUAAGCGGAUUUCUAGCGGGGGAUGCUCAUCGCAGGGUGAAGUGGUCUUACUGGAAUGGUGGGGUCUGCGUCACAGUGGGAUGGCGGCGGGAGUUUGCACUGGGCAUCGUGUACAGCUACGUACGCCUGAAAAACUUCUGCGGUCGGGAUGGCAAGAUGGAUGGCGUUUGAGAUUCAUACAUGUCUGCUAACCAUCAAUGCAUAUCAUGGACCUUUCAGCUUUCUCCACCUAGACUUCCAUGUCCGGACAUCCAUGUCUCAUAAUAUUUUAGCCCCCACGAAACUCGCGCUACUCGCCCACGACCAACACGUUUCGGACUUUCCGCCCUCUUCGAGUCGUCUCACUGUCCCAGGUUUUCCUUUCUUCGCUUGAGGCACAGCUUCACUGAUUCAUAAUAAAAGAAAGGCCACUCUGUCAGCGCAGAAGUUGCCACUUUGCAUUUC